AAGACUAUUUAGUUACACUAUUGCAGUAUAUAACAGCACAAAGCUUGUGUAAGGCAGUGGUCAGAAAAGGUGGGACUUUGAUUCUUUAUUUGAGUUCUCUGUUCUGAGAGAGAAACCCCAACUUCCCCAACUACUUUUUUCACCUCCUCAUUCACUCAUAUACUCCUUACAGUGUGUGUUGUUGGUGAAAUAUGGGCGGUGCUGCUGAAGACCAACUUCUGAGCUUUGAGGAGAUUUCUAAGCACAACAAGAAAUUUGAUUGCUGGAUUAUCAUCUCUGGCAAGGUGUAUGAUGUGACACCAUUUCUUGACGAUCACCCCGGUGGUGAUGAAAUUUUGUUAAUGGCAACUGCAAAAGAUGCAACAGAUGAUUUCGAUGAUGUAAACCACAGCGAGGAAGCGGUAGGCAUGUUAAAGAGUUACCACAUUGGCAACGUUGAUACCUCCACUCUUCCAGGGAAGCACCAGUACAAUCAAACUGCCGCAGAUGGUUCAGCACAAAAGCGAAAAUCUGCUCCAAAAUCAUUAGAAGUCUUCCAAUUCUUGGUGCCCCUUUUGAUAGUUGGAAUAGCCUAUGCCCUCUAUCAUUAUUCCAGAGAAAAUUAAUCAAGGGAGAGAUAGACGAAGAUCUCCUGUACUGCAUUUAUGAACAGAGAUACUUGGUUGUUGUCGUAUACAACUUGUACCAUGUGCCAUGUUAUUGUUUUUAAUAAGUAGCCAUCUCAAGCUUCUUAUGGUGACUA